AUGGACUCCUUUUGUCCUCCUCGCCCUCUGACUAAUAUGAAUGACACUACAGUUAGCCACAUGUCCUCUGGAGUGCCAACUCCCACCAAGAGGUUACAGUAUGGCCGGGAGGCACCCAAUCACCUGGCCGAUGAGCAUGCGCUGAUAGCCUCCUAUGUGGCCCGUCUGCAGCGCUGUGCACGUGUCCUGGACAGUCCUAGCCGACUGGAUGAAGAACACCGGCUCAUAGCUCGCUAUGCUGCCCGGCUGGCUGCAGAGGCAGGAAACAUGACUCGUCCUCCCACUGACUUGAGCUUUAACUUUGAUGCCAACAAACAACAAAGACAGCUUAUUGCAGAGCUGGAAAACAAAAACAGGGAGAUCCUGCAGGAGAUUCAGCGUCUCCGUCUGGAACACGAGCAGGCUUCCCAGCCCACUCCUGAGAAAGCCCAGCAGAACCCCACCCUGCUGGCAGAGCUGCGGCUGCUGAGGCAAAGGAAAGAUGAACUGGAGCAGAGGAUGUCGGCACUGCAGGAGAGCCGGCGGGAACUGAUGGUCCAACUGGAAGGGCUGAUGAAGUUGCUCAAGGAGGAAGAGCAAAAGCAGGCAGCCCAGGCCACAGGGUCACCACACACGUCGCCCACUCAUGGCAGUGGCCGGCCGAUGCCCAUGCCAGUCCGCUCCACCUCUGCUGGCUCCACGCCCACCCACUGUCCGCAGGACUCGCUGAGCGGGGUAGGGGGUGACAUGCAGGAGGCCUUUGCCCAAGGUACGAGGAGAAACCUCCGCAAUGACCUGCUGGUGGCUGCUGACUCCAUCACCAACACCAUGUCAUCCCUGGUGAAGGAGCUCCAUUCAGCAGAGGAAGGUGCAGAGGAGGAAGAAGAGAAGAUGCAGAAUGGGAAAGACAGAGGUUAAGCGAAGGAGCCUGGACAAAGAGGAAGCUCAGUUCUUCCUGAGAAACCACCAAAUUCCAAAUCUUGCACUGUGAACCCAGUUCUUU